CUCCGUGGACUCGUCUCAGCAGCGAUGCUCGACCCUGUGCUAUCUUUGCAGCGGUGGCUGGUGCUGGUCGCCGGCCUGCGCAUGCUAGCAGUCGUUAUCGGGAUCUUCGCGCCUAACAAGCUGAAGAGUCAGGUCUUUGACAGGCGCCCUGAACUCGUGACCCCUCUGCUCGGGCGCCUGUUUGCCACCUGGACGCUGAUGACGUGUGCGCUGUGCCUGGCUUGUGCGCGCGACCCGUCCAACAAGACCGUGUACCUCACCACGCUUUUCUCCUUCGCGGUGGCCCUGGCCUUCUUCCUGGGCGAGCUGCUCAUCUUCAAGACGCUCUCCAUCCGCGGCGCCAUCUCGCCCAUGAUUGUGGCAUCCAUCUCCACCACGUGGCUCACCCUGGGCCUCGACUUCUACACCGGGAGCAAGUAGGCGCCGCGGCGUUGGCUGUAGCCGGCACGCCCCAGGAGGUGGCAGUAGCAGAGGAGGCGCAAGGGCGCGGCUGUGGCACAGGCAGGGCAGGGCGGACAACCUAGGUGCUGCUGUGGCGACUGCGCCAGAAGCAGGACGCAGUCAGUGCCGUCGCAGCCGCCGCCGCCACUGCCGCCGCCGCAGCAGCAGCAGCAGCAGCUGGCGCCAUUUGGGGCCGUUGCGGGCGACAGCCGGCUGCCCUUCGUCAUAACCGUUGCGGAGGGCAGGGGAUGGGGCAGCGGCAAGCAGCGACAGACCAUGCAGUUGCCACGGGUACGAGUCACUGCCAUCUUCUGCUGCCCUAUUACACGGGGCAGGGGACUGUGGGCAGGGACGCAGUGGGGAUGGUUCUUGGCCGGUCCUAACCCGGGGGCAGUGCAUACGAUAUAGGCAGGGGUUUGUGCGGGUGAUGGGGUAGCCCGGGCGCGACAGGUGCUGUGGUGCAGGCGCGCCACACUUGACAACCAUAAGUCUUUGGAAGGAUUGCCAGCAAGGACGCAGGGCCUAGCACGUGUGACCGAGCUUCAUCAUACAAUUCUCUGUAGUGCAAUGGCGGUACUGAAGCAUUGAAGUGUUCAGGGCAACAUUCCGGUAUCAAGGCCUCGCGAUGGGGCAUGGAGGAUACCAGGCGUGAUGCCGUUCCUAUCGGAUGUGCACGAGUGCAUUCCUGUGGACAGUGGUUGUGCGGCACCGGUGCACAUGAUUGUAUGUCCGAUGGGAGGAGGAGGCCGUCAGUUUGGUAGGGCCGUACGUGUGCAUAUCCGUGCAUGGGCUUGAAGCGUGAGGCUCAGGGAAAGUUCUCACCCACUGGGGCUGCGCCGAUCAAGAGCGAGCGGUUGACCGAGUCAAAACUGCAGAUUGCUGUUGUUCUGGGCAGUCAAACUGCGUGUUGCGGCGGGGGACAUCCUAAGCGGCUGCAUAUGGAUGCCGCACGGGUGCCUGCGGCCCUGUAAGCAGGGGUCGUAUCUUGUUUUUGGGGUAAUGUCUAGCUCCAGGCAAAAACGCCCCGGUGGCCGCCGUCUUUUGUCUGGGCACAUGGCGGUAUGGGGGCCUCUCCAUAGGAAUUGGGGCAAAACCCGCCCCAAACCCGGGCCAACAAAGUCUCGCCCCAGACAUUAGCCCCCGGGAGGAAUGUCUAGGAAACGGCCAAAAUGGCCAAUUAAUGUCUGGAGACAUUAAGAUAGGAGCCCUGAGCCUGUAAGCUGCUUGGUGG